AUGCAAGCAGAAGCAAAGGUCAAGCAGGAAAAGCAGCGCGCGGAGGAAGCGCAAUUGGGCGGACCAAAGGCGACUGUCACAGAUGUCAGGACGGCUAAGAAGGCUGGUGAGGUCCACUUCAAGGCGCAACAUGGCAUUGUGGUGGCUUUCUUCAGUUUCAUCCUCGUCCUGCACGUGCUGGGCACAUACCUCUUUACGACCGGCUUUCUUCUCACGCGCCUUGUCCUUCCACAUAAAUCCGAAUGCGCCGACCCGCCAAUUGAACUCACCAAGGGAUACGUAGCGGGAAACGCAGGGAAAGGGUGCUGGCACCCCAAGACGUAUGACAAGGCCAUUGUGGUCAUCGUAGACGCGCUGCGAUACGACUUCACCGUCCCAUUCGACGCCCAAUUCCAGCCUGUGGACCUCGAGAAGCAGGGAGACCUUGUCCAAGCUGAUUCGUCAGAGAAGAACAUCGCGCCGCGCCAUUUCCACAACGCUUUUCCUGUACUCUAUGAGACCGCAAAGCAGUCGCCGAAGAAUGCGUUCCUCCUACCUUUCAUCGCAGACCCGCCGACGACGACGCUGCAGCGACUGAAGGGACUCACAACUGGCACACUGCCUACCUUUGUCGACGCUGGAAGUAACUUCGCGGGUACUGCCAUUGACGAGGAUAACCUGAUUGCACAACUGAAGGAUGCUGGGAAGACAGUUGUGCACUUGGGCGACGACACCUGGCACGCGCUAUUCCCUGGAUACUUCGAGCCGAACCUCACCCACGCUUACGAUUCGUUCAACGUCUGGGAUCUGCACACGGUCGACAAUGGUGUCACGGAGCACAUCUUCCCCCUUUUGAAGGGAGAGAACUCAACAAAGUGGGAUGUCAUCUUUGGUCACUAUCUGGGUGUGGACCACGCAGGACACCGUUAUGGCCCAGACCAUCCUGCCAUGGCAGCAAAGCUGAACGAGAUGGAUGCUGUUUUCCGACGCAUGAUCGAGGAGCUCGAUGACGAUACGCUGCUUGUUGUUAUGGGCGACCACGGCAUGGAUGCUAAGGGAGAUCAUGGCGGUGAAUCAGACGACGAGAUCCAGGCUGCCCUUUGGAUGUACUCCAAGAAGGGCGACUUUGGCCGUGUUGACCCUUCCUUCGCACUCCCUCCUGCGCAUGCGAAGGACAGGUCGAUUGCGCAGAUCGAUCUCGUGCCCACUCUGUCACUGCUCCUUGGUCUGCCUAUCCCGUUCAAUAACCUGGGCAAGCCGAUCGACGAAGCCUUCACUAGCGCCAAGGGCGGCGAUAUCGAAAACCUGGCUACUGUCAACCGUCUUGCAAGCGCCCAGAUCCACCGCUACCAAGGCGAGUAUGCCCACGUCCGUGGUCUCGAUGAAAGUGUCUUCUCCAGCUCGCUUUCCCUUUGGCCCGCUGCUAACGAGGCCUGGGCUGCUGUUUCUCAGCGCAUGUCUUUUGGUGGAAGCACAGCCAAGGGUGAACAAAUGAAGACUGCCUACAAGGCCUUCGCUGCUUACCAGCAGGAGAAUCUCCGCAUCUGCCGCUCUCUUUGGGCACGAUUCGACGUGCCCCGCAUGAUCAAUGGUGUCUUGAUCUUGGCACUCAGCGUUCUUCUACUGGCGCUGUAUGCUCGCGGCCUGGUCGGCGACCGCGCUGAGAUCACUCCUGUCUUCUUCACUAGGGGCCUUUUGGGCAGCGUGCUCGGUGCUGUCUUCGGCUUCGCUGCGUCGCUCGUCCUUUCAGACACACCGAAGGAUCACACUGUAAUCUUCGCAGCAGCUAUGACUGGCAUCAUCGGUGUGCUGUCAGCGUUCUACUCGUUCCGCGACCGUCUUAGCUCUCUAUUGCCCAAUAACAUUUGGGGGUGGGCCAGUCUGAUUUUUACCGUCUCUCUUUCGGGUGGCUUCGCGGCCAAUUCGUUCACUAUCUGGGAAGAUGAGAUCCUCCUGCACUUUCUCACAACAUUUGGCGUUCUUGCCAUAAUCUCUUCCUUCCGACAAAAGAACAUGUCCGAUCGCACUCUUGGUGUAUAUCAUUCGAUCCUUUUCACUGUUCUCCUCCGUGUUGCAAGCUUCUCUAGACUUUGCCGCGAAGAGCAGAUGCCCUACUGCAAGUCGACAUAUUACGCUUCUGCUCUCUCCACCACUUCAGCACCGUGGCAGCUUCUCAUUCCCGCCGUCGCUGCGCUUCUCAUUCCCACGUUCAUUAAGAGCUACUACGAAGGCACCAAGAGCUACCAGAAUAUGGCUGUGAUGUGGAUUGGCAUUGUCCUCCGCUUUGGCCUGAUGCUCAGCGCCGCAUACUGGGCUCUCGACGCCGCCGAUGACGGCGAUUGGUACCCAUCAUUCUCCAGCAUUAUCAAGAUCUCCAAGCAAGCGCUCGCCCAGGGAGUCCUCCUCCUCGCCUUCGGCAUCGGCUACGGGCUCUACAGCUGGUCCAAGCCGCUCCUGAACAUCGAAAUGAACAACGAAGGCAAAUCCAACGAACAGAUCAUCGUCCACGGCUACGCAAACGUGCACGGCAGCCGCUACGCCCUUCUCAUCACCAUCUGGUACCUCGCGGUCGCACUCCUCCAGAAACCAAUGGGGGCCGGCGCAAUCGGCAUCCUUGUCUGGCAGCUCUUCUCCCUCUUCGAAAUCAUCGACACAAACAACCUGCGCCAGUCUUCCAUCGGUCCGGUCGUCCUCGGUCUGCUCGGCUCAUUCCAUUACUUCAAGACCGGCCACCAGGCUACGCUGUCCAGCAUACAAUGGGAGUCCGCCUUUAUCCCGUUGAAGUCGAUUCGCUACCCGUGGACGCCCAUCAUCGUUAUCUUGAAUACGUUUGGUGCCCAGAUCCUCUGCGCUGUUGCGGUCCCGGCGCUCGUGCUGUGGAAGGUAAACCCCAAGCAGCAAAGAUUGCUCAGCACGGUUGCAAAGGCAAUUGCCACGCAUAUUUUAUUUUAUGCCGUUGUGAAUCUGGCGACAACUGUAUGGGCGGGGCAUCUGAGGAGGCACCUCAUGCUGUAUCGUAUCUUUAGCCCCAGGUGGAUGCUUGGUGCUAGUGCGCUACUUGUGGUGGAUGUAGUGGCGAUUUUUGCGGGGCUGUGGGGUGCGCGGAUGAGUAUCAUCAGUGUUGCUGAAGUCUUUGGGUUUGCAUAG